AUGGGGGACUGGAAUUUCCUCGGAGGGAUUUUGGAGGAAGUACAUGUCCAUUCCACCAUCGUUGGGAAAAUAUGGCUGACAAUCCUUUUCAUAUUCCGCAUGCUUGUCCUUGGAGUGGCUGCUGAAGACGUGUGGAAUGACGAGCAGUCAGAAUUCAUCUGCAACACAGAGCAGCCCGGAUGCCGGAACGUGUGCUACGACAAAGCUUUCCCAAUCUCUCUCAUCCGAUAUUGGGUCUUGCAGGUAAUCUUUGUGUCUUCGCCAUCCCUGGUGUACAUGGGCCAUGCGCUGUACAGACUCAGGGCACUGGAAAAAGAAAGGCAGAAGAAGAAAGUUGAGCUGAAGGGUGAACUGGAAGAAACAGAGACAAUGCUGGAAGACAGGCGAAGGUUGGAACGGGAGUUAAGACAGUUAGAGCGCAGAAAGUUGAACAAGGCGCCACUGAGAGGGUCUCUUCUGCGCACCUACGUCUUACACAUCCUCACCAGGUCUGUGGUCGAGGUGGGAUUUAUGAUGGGCCAACUUUUGCUCUAUGGACUUGAACUGGAUCCCCUGUACAAAUGUGAGCGGUUACCCUGCCCCAAUAUUGUUGAUUGCUUUGUAUCAAGACCCACUGAGAAAACAGUUUUCAUGUUAUUCAUGUUGAGUAUUGCUGCGGUUUCCUUGUUCUUAAACAUCCUGGAAAUCAUCCAUUUAGGCUGUAAGAAGAUUGAACUGGGACUCUUUGGAUAUUACCCCAAACUGAAAGAGGACGUGGGUGAUCUCUACAUAAACAAGUCACAGAAAAACUCGAGUGUUCAGCAAAUCUGUGUCUCCACAUCCAGACCCUCACAAACGAUGAUCCCCACUGCCCCCAGCGGGUACAAUCUGUUGCUUGAGAAACAAGUGGAGUCCACAAUGUAUCCAAUAUUUACACCGCCUUCUGGAUUCAAAGCCCUUCAAGAUGACCAGAAACAAUUUCAGAAAGUUGAGCAGCAGGACCCAGUGGCCAACCAAUUUAACGCAAAUUGCAAUGCAGCAUCCAGCACCAAUGAAAGACAAAAAAAGUCAAAUGGAUCAGAGAUUCCAAGCCAACGUAGCGAAGAGUUGGAGCACCCAAACGCUGCUUCCCCUCCGGUUGGCAGCUCCAUGCCGAGCUCCCACUCAGCCAGUCAGGUGGAACUAUCGACAGCCGGGGUAUUGUACCCGUCCCUUCACGCAGGUAUGGCAUCAUUCACUGCAGUUCCAGCCAGCACCACUCGCAAGCCACGUCGGGUCAGUGCCUCUUUUAACUGCGCCACAGUGGUAGAGCGCAGCGGCUCUGCCACAGAAUCCGAACCAAGUAACAAGGGAAGAUGUGGCUUCAGUGCUACCCGGUCCAGGGCAGCUUCAAAAACAGACCUCAAACGGCCCAGCAGACCUGACACCCCUGAUUCAAUUUGUGAAUCCAGCUCAGAAUCGAAGCAUAGUGGAAACGGCGACAGCCCCCAGGCCCUCUCUCCCUCCCGGAGAAUGUCAUUGGCAAGUAACGCCAGCGGCAGGCGUGCUCCCACCGAUCUCCAGAUAUGA